AUGAGAUCGAAAAGCACCAGUUUAAGCCAAAUCGCGAUGCAUGGAAACGAAAAACCAGUUUCAAAAACGAUAAAUAUAAAUCAAAUGCAUUUAAAUUCUUAUCAAAGCGUAGGAGUGAUAAGUUAAGUUUUAAGCUAUUCUGGCCAUAAUUGAUCAAUCCAAUAGCCUUCCCAUCUGUGAGGUGCCCUAGUCUGAUAAGGAGAAACCAUGCGGAGGACAAAACCUGUCUAACCUAACCAGGGACAGAAAACCUUGGGGAGAAACAAAGCAUCCUGUUUCAGCUAGGCUUCCCAAAACCUGAAGGGCCUACUUCAAAAGGGACAGAUAGCCUGCUUUCAGCCUCAUCAUGAUGAGUCCUAUCUGCUCGAUAGUAAGUGCACUUCGAAAUCCAAUUACCGUCAACGUCAGCAUUUUAUUUAUAUGUAGGAGUGAUAGGAAUUGAUGAUAUGAGAAAUUUCAAAAAUUUUGAGGUGCGCUAUUUUCCUAAAAUUAUGUCUCAGAAUUCGACUCCUACAUGGCCUUACAUUAUGCCAAGGCCUAAUUUACUGCAAAAUAAUGCAGAUAACUUACCCAUUCAGCUUGCUGUUAGUAAAAGCGAGCAAGCGGUUUCAUUAUUCAAAUCAAGUAAAAAGAAUAGAAAAAUCAGCUUACCAAACAUAAAAUCAAAAGGAUCAUUAUUUAAAGAAAUGUUUAAUGAAGAAAAUAAAGCCAUAGAGAGAUCACUCUACUUCUCGAGAAAACCAAGAUUUGUUGAUUUUAAACCUUAUGGUUUAGAUUAGAUUAAAUUACAGCGAUCGCUGGGGUUUAUUUCAGCUUCUCUCCGUUUUACCACUAGCUUAUGCCAGAGUGGUUCUAAGCACCGGUGUCACACCACACUCUUUUCUUGCGACAUCACCAAAAGAUAGUGACUUCAGCAGUCUUUCACCGAGCAUGUUGGGUCUUACUCUACUGCUGCUGAGAAUUUUCUUAGCCCUGAUAGUGCUCGGGACAGAAGAAAAUGCCCACUGCCUACUUCUAGACUACUCUACCUCGAUCAGGCAUCAAUCUGGUUUCCAUAAGUUUGAGUAGUUUUGCACCUUCGGUUUGAUCGUCUGUUGGGCAAGGAAAAUAGCAUGUCCGGUAACCCAACCAUGCAAAAAACCCUCUCCUGGCAUUCCAAAAUAAUAGGAUCCACCUACCUGAGACUGGGAUCAACUCUUUAAAAAGUUAUGGUUUAGAAGACUUCAAAAAAAUUUCACAAAAAAACUGUAAGAUGCUUGGAGGACUUGGGCCAGUAAAUGUUGGUAGAGAUGAUUGAAUAAAAAGCACUAAAAAAAUGAAAAUUGUAAGAGACUAUAGUAAAUCUGUGCGUGAUCUAAAUAUAAACGGCGAUAUUGACAAUAUAAAUAAUUAA